ACUUGUCCGACUUCAAACUGUAGGCCCGUGUCUCAUAAGCUCAAAGACGGGGCCCCGACGACACGUUGAAUGGAGCUCACCGUUUCUCUUCCACGGCGAGCGGAAAAUAGUCAGGCCCCGCUGCGCUGUAGCUCUCGCCGGAGGUUGGCGGAUUAGAGCGCCCCCGUGUGGCACACGUCGGGACUGAAAAGCGAAAGCCGAUUCUUUUGGGUCAAGCGCGCCACCGUAAUGUUUGUAGGAAACUGAAAAGAUUAGCUGACUACCUGAUGUGCCGACUUUAGUUUUAGUUUUUAGCUAAAGAGCCGCUGCACAGCAAACGUCUGCGCCACAGGAAACAAAACGUGUUUUGGUUUCCCUUGCAGGAGUUGGAAUUAACCGCGAAACGCCGUUUAGCAAAACAAAGCCAUAUAUUUUUGUGAGGAGAGAUAGCGUUACAGCUCGUUAACGGUAGACCCGUAAGGCUGAGCUAAUUAGCUAGCAUUAGUUUGCGUCUUCGGUGGCUCGCAGGAUGUCAUCCAGGAAAACUUUAAAACUUAUUUGCGGGCUCGCCGGAAGCUCUGCCGUGCUGCUGUUUGCUGCUGCCGCUGCCGAUUCCCACGGAUACUUCGGAGAGCAGCGCGGAGAGGCGGCCAGUCGGUGGUCGAGAUUCACCGUCCUUCGAGCUGCGAAGCCGGCGUGGACACCUGCUAACCACACACCAGCCCCGACUGGACACGCCUGGGACUUCAACUGGGACAAGAGAGACCCAGCUGCUCUGUCCAAUGGGAAGAAGAAGGAGAGCGCAACCGAGGACCCCAGCUCCGAGCAGGACAACGGCGUACCCAAAGCUACGCGCAACAUUCUCCUCAUCAGACACUCCCAGUACAACCUGAGUGGGAACAGUGACAAGGAGAGGAUCCUCACUCCAUUAGGUCGUGAGCAGGCUGAGUUGACGGGCCAGAGGUUGGCUGCGCUGGGACUGAAGUAUGAUGUCCUCGUUCACUCCAGCAUGGCCAGGGCCACAGAGACUGCACAUAUCAUCAGCAAACAUCUUCCAGGAGUGGAGCUGGUGAGCUGUGACUUGCUGAGAGAGGGAGCACCUAUUGAGCCGGUUCCACCCGUCACUCAUUGGAAGCCCGAUGCUGUGCAGUACCACGAGGAUGGAGCUCGCAUUGAGGCGGCCUUCCGCCGCUACAUCCACCGGGCUGACCCCAAGCAGAAGGAGGACAGCUAUGAGAUCAUCGUGUGUCAUGCGAAUGUCAUCCGUUAUUUUGUCUGCAGGGCCCUGCAGUUUCCUCCAGAGGGCUGGUUACGUAUGGGCUUGAACAACGGCAGCAUCACGUGGCUCACCAUCCGACCUAGCGGCAGGGUGGCCCUCAGAACUCUGGGAGAUGCCGGAUUCAUGCCCCCAGACAAACUAACUCGGACCUGAAGGCCCCGCACCGCAAGUUUCUGGGACUCGGUUGGCCGCAGGGGCAACGGUCAGUUUUCUCCUUAAGUGUCUUGAAAGUUACUUUUCAUGUUAUUAUUUUGUAAUUGAACUACCAUCGUGCAACAAGAGACUCUGUGGUGGUGGUGGUGGUGUUGUGAUUACUUGUGUGCCAUCCAAAGCCAGCAGAAGUGAUUAACAGCUACAUAGCAACUCCUCCUGAAUGUAACUGAGGAUUUUUACACAAGCGACUGAUUUGUAAACCAAAAAAAGUUGUAUUUGUAUAGCUGUUGUAAAUGCAAGUCCUGCUGUUAGCUUUACAUGUCAUUACAGUAUGCUGAAGUGAGGAUUAUGUGUAUAUGGUGCAGCUGUAAUAAAGUACAAUUAUGAAUGCC